AGAUGCACCAAGAGAACACUUGACUAAUCUGCUAACACUGGAAAUGCGCUGUCGCAGCGGACUUGUGCGCUUCGGGCGGGAACCGUUGCUCUAGGGCGGCUAGUUCUAGAUAACUAGCGCGCACAAUGGAGGAUGAGAGGCAAGCCGGUGACGGGGAAGAAAACCCCAUGUCUCCCAAGCCUACGAAGUGGACGCCCAACCAGCACCACUUGAAAAUCCUCCUCGGGAUGGGAAUUAACCGCAACGCUGCCAUAAAGGCUCUCUACUACACCGGAAACCAAGGCCCUGACUUUGCUGCUCAGUGGAUUUUCGAGAACAGUGACGACGACAUUGAGGCUCCUCUCGACCUCGAGGCCUCAGAUGAAAGCGACACAGAAGACGAGGAUGCUCCUGAAACGUACAAGAUGGUGUUUGCUGUCAACACUGAGCUUGAGAUGAGCACAGGAAAAAUUGCCGCCCAGGUGGGACAUGCUGUCCUUGGCUUGUACAGGCUGCUUCUGCAAGACGAGACGAAGUAUGGCAACAUGCUCCUGCUGUGGGAGGAAUACGGAGAGACCAAAAUAGCCCUGCGUGCCAAUUCCACCCAGCAUCUGUUGGAUUUGGACAAAAAAGCGACAGAGCUUGGCCUGCCUACGUACCUUGUCCAGGACGCCGGAAGGACACAGAUUCCUGCAGGAUCAACGACGGUUGUAGGGAUAAUGGGACGGAAUGACCUCGUCGACCAGGUCACUGGAGGUCUGCGGCUACUGUGAAAGGCUGCACUGUUGCGAUUAUACAGUGCAUGCAAAGCUAAGCAGCAGCCUUGUGAUAACCAAAUGUCCCCAUUCCAUCCUGCUAAUCGCCUCCAUUGAAGCCAAAAAAGCCGCUGAAACACUCCCCGCCCACCUCUUGUUUGUAUUUAUAUGCGAGUUUUCUCAGGACACUUUGUGUGGCUGGCGGGAGCAGUCCUUCUAUACGCUUCAAUCUAGGCAUCAAUUUGCAGCCCUUAAGUGGUAUUUUUGAGCGAUUGCUUUUGGGGGGCAAUCACUUUCAGAAACAUUUGCGUGAUUCGACAGCAGACGUGUUUAAUAUUCAGUUGACAGCAAUUAGACACUGUGUCAAGGUCGCUGUCUUCACGCCGUGCCAGGAACAGUGCUGGUCGUGUACUUCGCACAUCCGGCGCUUAGUAGCGUGAAAUCUCACGAAAGUGAUUGCUCAAGGAUACUUGCCCUGCUUCUUACCAAUCGAGUGAUUUGUGAAUGUCACAGUUUGUUGUGUGGCCCAUGGUUUGGUUGGUGUUGCCGAGGACAUUAGAACUUGUAACCCUGGCAUUUAGUGCAGAAGCUUAAUGGCGCACUUCCUUUAUUCUUUAUUUUUUUCAAUCACUUGGGCUUUAUAGUGAUGCGAGUUAUCACAAAUUCGUAUAUAAUUAUAUGACGCAAUUUUUCACGUUAAGCAUUUUGAGGAAACCCCAUGUGGGAACAUUGUGCUUUACUUAUUUAGUGUGCAUAACGAGCAUAAUAUGUUGUCAGCGGGUAAAUAAUUUUUCAGAGUGAUCCGUAAUAAUCUUGUGAUAAAGUGCUUUACGUAGCAUUUUAAAGCGAACAACUGAGUUGAAUUACAUUGUUCUAAUCUGCGUGGUUUUAAAACAUGCACUAAAGAGUACUAUAGUGUAUUUAUUGUAUUUAAUUUGUUGUCAACAUGAGCAGGAGAACAUGAGCAUUGAUGGUGCAAUCAUUUGUAUUCCUCUUAGUAGUUUGGUGCUAGUUAAACGUUUCAUGGUUUAUUAAAGAAAUUACCUGCAAGA